CGUUUUGACAUCAUUCCCAUUUAUAACUAUAGACUUUUCCUCGUCUUUCCCAGUAAGUAUGCCUAUGUAAGAAGGCAUGCUAUGGAGAAAAAACCUAGUUCUCAAGAGUCACGAAAAUUGAGCCAAAUCUUUUUCCCCAAGCAACUCAACAAAGUCUACCCUAUUAGACUACAGAGAAGCUCUUCAACUUCUUCCUUAUCCUCCUUAUCAUCAUCAUUCUCACAAAACUCAGAUGACUCUUCCCUAUCGGAUUCUUUGAAUCUAGCAGAUGACAAUUUUCAAUUUGCAUUGAAUUUGAUUUCACCUCGUGAUCGAAGAAGAGAACCAGCAGUUACUAAUACUCCUCACCAACAACAAAGUUCACAUGCUGCUGAACCUGGUCAAUUGAGAAGAUGCAAUUGGAUCACAAAAAACUGUGAUAAGGCUUACAUAGAAUUUCACGAUGAGUGUUGGGGGGUCCCAGCCUAUGAUGACAAAAAAUUGUUCGAGCUUCUUACAUUGUCAGGAUUGCUGAUAGAUUACAACUGGACAGAAAUUCUAAAAAGAAAGAAAAUUCUUAGACAAGUUUUUGCUGGAUUUGAUCCUACUACUGUGGCCAAAAUGGAGGAGAAAGAAAUCGUGGCAAUAGCAUCAAACAAAGAAAUUCUGUUACCCGAUUGCAGAGUAAGGUGCAUAGUAGACAAUGCGAAAUGCAUAAUGACGAUUGUGAGGGAAUGUGGAUCAUUCAGCUGCUAUAUAUGGGGUUAUGUAAACCACAAACCAGUGAUUAACAGAUUCAAAUAUCCAAGAGAUGUCCCUUUAAGGACUUCAAAAGCAGAUACGAUCAGUAAGGACUUAAUAAAGCGUGGCUUCCAAUUUUUGGGUCCUGUGAUUGUUUAUUCUUUUAUGCAAGCUGCAGGAUUGACAAUUGAUCAUCUUGUGGAUUGUCAUAGGCACAGUGAAUGUGUAAGGCUUGCACAAAGGCCUUGGAGACAUUUGUAACAUAUUCGAGGAGUGUUAACAACACACUUUUUAACAUACUCUUUAUAAAACAUUUUCUAUUAUUGGUUAAAUGUUACUCAAAAAUACAAAUCUCCAAGACUCGUUAUAUAUAAAGUGAGACUUACAAUUUUGUGAUUUUGCAAAAGAAUCCUAUCAAUAAUAAGGAAUGUAUUUAUAAGAGUGUGUUAAACAAUGUGUUUUGGUGUUUCUCUUUGUAACAUUCAGCAGUUUACUUGCACAAUUUGUACUCUUUGUUUUCUGUAUCAACAGUUUUCCAUACAUGCAUACUCUAGCAAGAAAAAACAAGAAAAUGCAAGCUUUGCAGUCCCUUUCUUUUUCUUCUUUGGGUUUUGGGGUCAGUUUUCCUUCUCUUCUUUCCAUAGUGAUGAAGUCAAUCUUUGCCAUUGUCAAUAAAUUGAAAAGGGUUGCUUGCUUGUCAUUGAAUUUGAGUGAUGAUGAGAGUGAGUGUUGAAGCCUUGGUUGUUGUACAUUACAUGUUUGGUUUGGUAAGUGAAUCGAACCAAUUAGUAAAUGAAAAUGAUCUUGUUUUAA